AAUUUUGUAUUCAACAAAUCGCUUCUACGGCUGCUGCUGCAUCUUAUCACAGCGAUGGACCAGCUAAGUCAAAAUGCUGUCGAAAAUUUAAGUACGGGAGAGGAAGAGUACUUGGACGAAUCACAGCAGGAAAUGGAUCCACUAGCAGCUGCGUGUGGAUCGGAGCUGUACCACGAGUUUCCGUAUAUUUUAGACGAUGUUGAAGUCGGAGAUAAUCUGUCCAUCUCAUGCGAUGAAAAUGACAACGUAGAUGCAGAACACAACAAGUUUUUCUUUCAUGCUGAAUUCAUCGUCAAAAAAUACACCAGGCAGAAAAGUGGUUUGUGUGUAAACUUGAAAAAGAAUGUGCCAGAAAAAGUGUCGGGAAAUACCCUAGCGGAAGUCUUGAAGUGUCUUUGGUAUUUCGUUGAACCCCACUUGUGCCGGGAAGUGGACGUCAGUGAGGUGGAUGGCAUAAAAGUGUCUUGGUCUAAGAAUGAGAAACCCGAUAUUCGAGACAUCGCUAAAUUCAUCUAUCUAAGGGACACUAAACGGAAGAAUUUGAUCAGAAUCGACCAACUUGGAGAAGGAAAAAUUAUGCUGCACUGGCGUGAAAAAACGAUGACUGUUUUUGCAUUUGCUUAUUCGCAGUCAGUUAGCUCAUUAGCUAUUUGGGAGGCAGUAAACAAGUGCCUUUUGCAGCCAGCAGAUACUGAUAGAGCUGGAGCUCCCAGUAACGUCCAUCUGGAUGUACUUGUCCGUGAGUUAAAGGAAGAACACUCUCAUCUUGAGAGUCAUGACUCUGGAUGGAUUCAGUGGGCAACGGCGAUUCACGCAUCACCAGCGCACGUUCAAGAAGACAUGAAGAAGAAAAUGCCACCGGUGGAAAUGAGAGGAAUGUUUUGGUCUCUGCCGACAACCGAAAGUACCCGGAUUGAAUGUACCCGCCAAGGAUUAACGGUUGCUCAAAAUAUUGUGGAUAAUUUGUCUACCGGUGUUGCAGAGCUUUGUGACAAAGCGGAUGAGCUAAUGAAUCUUGCAUUCGAAGUGAAAUUGCUGGCUCAAGGAGUUAAGGAAAAGCUGAACAUUUGCCAAGAUAUGAUAAGUGGCAUGCAAACGUCGAGUGCUCCACAGGAAACCGUAAUCAGCCAAGGGUUGCGAGAAAAAGUUGGUGAUAUGAUGGACAUUGACCAUAUCUGAUUUGAGUGUUUUACAUUGUUUUUCUUGAAUAUAA